UAGUGGUCACAAUGCUGCUUUAUAUGAUCCUUGCUUUGGGAGUGGUCACAGGAGUCCAUGCUGAUGCUGAUGUCCUGUCAUCACAGCCUGGACAGGACUCAGGGCCAGCUCUGGUACAAGAUGAAGCACCUCUAAAUGUCGAAGACGUUGGUGGGAAUUCUAAGAUCUCACACAUGCUGAAGAGGAGGAAGAGAGAGUGGAUUAUUCCUCCCAUCAACUUUCCAGAGAACAGCAGAGGUCCUUUCCCCAAAAGGAUGGUUCAGAUUAAAACCUCCUUCAAUAAGGAGUUGAAUAUGGUUUACAGCAUCACUGGACCCGGUGCUGACCAGCCUCCUAGAGGCCUCUUCACCAUUGAUAGAGACAGUGGAUGGCUGUAUGUCACUCAGCCACUGGACAGAGAGCAACAGGCCAGUUACUUGCUACUUGCUCGUGCUGUCAGUGUAAGUGGCAGAACAGCAGAGGACCCUAUGAACAUCAUGAUAACUAUUAUUGAUCAGAAUGAUAAUAAGCCAGUUUUCAAACAGGCUCCAUUUUUAGGAAAAGUGAGUGAUGCUUCGAAAAUAGGAUUUGAGUUUAUGACAGUUGCUGCCACUGAUGCAGAUGAACCAGGCAAUGCCAAUUCUGAGAUCAGAUACAAAAUACUGAGUCAGGAUCCACCACUGCCCAGCAAAGACGUGUUUGAAAUCAACCCUGUAACGGGAAAAAUUAGAGUUAAUGCUGCUGGACUGGACAGCGAGAAAAUUGCUGAAUACACAUUGGAGAUCCAAGCUGCAGACUAUGAGGGUGAUGGCUUAGCAGCAACUUCCAAGGCCAUCAUCACUGUGACAGACCGCAAUGACCAAGUUUUGGAUGGACUCUCUUAUCCCUACACUGUGGAGCUCAUAAAUCAGGACCACUGGAAAACUGAGAUGAACACCGCAGGAACUGGGGCUGUUUUGAAGCUAAAACCAACUCUACUCCAAAGAGACUUCAACAUCGUGCUGAGAGUCUGUGACAGUGGUGGAAUUUGCAAAAACAGUACGAUCCUUGCCCAAGUUGAUGAUUGUAAUUGUCUUAUUAAAGGGUCUUUCUGCAUCAACAAACCCUAAAACCCCUCAUCUCAUAUGACUACUACAGACAAUUGCACUAAUUGAUGCACUUAUUACACUCAUUGAUGCACUUAUUGUGGUUUUUAAUUUGUUGUUAGAAGCUUAAAUGUUUAUCAUGUUGUAAGUCGCUUUGGUUAAAAAGCGUCUGCCAAAUGUAAUGUAAUAUGAUGCAAUGUAAGUAAAAAAAAACAAUUGUCUAUGUUA